AUGAGGACAAACCAGAAUGGAAUAGGUACUUGGUGGGCAACGGGUAAUGAUGAUACAAAUUGGCAAGGUAUUUUGUCAUUUGACAUAACCAAUGAGGUAUUCAUAAAAACUCCGCUGCCGGAUGGUAGCGAUAUAGGGUAUGCUAAUGAUAAAUAUCUAGAAUAUUUCUUGUUGAAUGAAUUGGUUGCUUUGGGUAUUUCUUGGAAAGCUGUAGUCGAAGAGGGGUCGCAAAUGUGGUGGGAUAUAUGGUUGUUGCAUGAAUAUGGGGUUACGGAGUCUUGGACAAAGCUGUUUAGGGUUGGCCCUCUUACUGGAGUUUUUCAACCAUUAGAAUAUUGGAGGAAUGACAUUAUAUUCUGGGAAAAAGAUGAUGGACAACUAGCCUUGUAUGACCCUUCUACCAAAGAGAUGACGAAUCUUCAAAUUGGUGGAGAAUUACUCUCGUUGCAGAUCAUUCCUUACACGGAAAGCCUAGUUUCUAUAAGCGGAGCAAAUGAUAUAUUAUGA